GUCUAAUCUAUAUUUACAGGCAGCACUACUAGCGCUCUCUAAAUGGGCUCUGCUAUUUUUGCCAUAUUUCCAUUGCUGAUCCCGUUUGUAGUCUCAAAGCUUCUGCAAGUUUUAUGGUUCACUUUUUGUUAGCCAUAUUCCUUGACUAGAAGAUUCAAGAAGCAAGGAAUCACUGGAAUACAUAACAAACUUCUUUCUGGCUCCCUUAAUAAGAUAAAGAGAAUGAAGAAGGAUGCAAGAGAAAUUAUUCUUGACACAGAUUCAAAUGAUAUUGUUCAGAAGGUCCUUCCUCACUACCACAGAUGGUCUUCAGGAUAUGGUUUCUUUCUUUCUUUCGGUUUUGACACUGUUGGGAAAGGACUGGUGUUUCUUGGGGGACAGGACUGGGUUAGGGACAGCAGAAUCAUCAAUCCUGCCUUCUCUAUUGACAAACUCAAGGUUAUGGUAAAGAGGAUGGCAGCCUGUGCCAUAUCUGUGGUUGAAGAGUGGAAUGAUCAAGUUACCUUGGCUGAAUAUGGAUGCCUAACAAUAGAGACGAAUGCAGAAUUUCAAGGACUCACUGCCAACAUAAUCACCCAUACUGCCUUUGGAAGUAACUAUGUGCAUGGAAAGGAGUUGUUUCAAGGACAAAGACAGCUUCAGUAGUUGUGUGCUGCUGCAACUGCUAACAUCUUCAUCCCCGCAGCUAGUGAUUAUUAUCAGAGUCUGAAAAUUUAAUCUUCUUCUCUAAAUUUGAGACCCGUCAUAAUGCACUGAAACUUUGUUAUUUUUCUGUAUGCUUUUAAGUUAUCUUCCAACUCCAUCCAAUCUUCAGCUAUGGGAGCUUGACAAGCAAAUGAAGAGAUCACUAGAGCAGAUCAUAGACAGCAGGCUGCAGAAUUCCAUAACAAAUAUGAGCAAUUCUC